UGGCCUCACGCUGACCUCUCUGUUGCAGAACUCUCUGUCCCUCUACAUCGUGGUCGAAAACAUCAAUGACAACCGGCCCAACUUCCCCGAGACGGCGCUGACGCUGAACAUCAGUGAGCUCUACCCCGUCGGCAAGUUGUGGACCAAUGUGGCGGCCGUGGAUCUCGACGAAGAAGACGUCGUCUACUACAGCCUGGACCCCAACACGGACGGAGCCCCGUAUUUCCAACUGAAGACUGAAAACACGCCGGAUCUGUACCUGAUGCGCGCCCUGGACUAUGAAGUGAAGCGCAGCCUGACGCUGGUGUUGGACGCCAAGGAGGCUGCUAACAGCCUACAGGUCAGUGAUUCGGUGAACAUCACGGUCAGAGUCCUGGACGAAGACAACCGGCCCCCGCUGUUCGAGCCGUGCGCGGGGUCGGUGGGGCCCGGACUUUGUCUCAACGCCGCCUAUACCGGGGCCAUCAGGCAGAACACCAUAGAGCCCGGACCGCUGACCCUCGCGCCGCGGAACAUCCUGGCGGUGGACGGAGACUCCGGCAUCAACGCCACCGUCCUGUACCGGAUCAUCAAUGGAGAUGAUGGCCGCGCCUUUCAGAUUGACGAGAGAGACGGAGCGCUGACCAUGACCAAGGCGAUCACCAGCCUCGGGCCCAUCACACUCACCAUCCUGGCCUAUCAGGAGAACGACCUGUACAAGUCCACCACUACCACAGUCACCCUGACUGUCAGCCCGUUCAGCAACCACUUACCUGUCUUCCAGAAGCCCGUCUAUUACGGGACCAUCCACAGGAACUCACCGCCCGGUAGCAUCGUCAUGGAGCGGGACUCAUCUACCAGACCCCUGGUCGUACUGGCUCAAGACCGGGACUACCCCAACAUGAACAACCCUGCGCUGACGUACUACCUCAGUCUGGGCGACUUCACCAUCAGCAGAGACGGCAUGAUCUUCACCCGCUCCCACCUCCCUCCCGCCCAACACGAACACGUCCUGACGGUGACGGCGAAGGACGGGGAGAACGGAGAAGUGGCGCAGACGGAGGUCCGGGUGCUGACCAGUGACACGGACGUCCCCAGCACGGUGACAGCGAGCAGCGGCGGCGCGGUGGCCACUACAGCACCGGGCACCCGCCCGAGCACCGGGACCGCGCCAGUGAUACCAACUCGGACACCGACCCCGUCCCAGGACACACCCACCGACCACCCAGCCCAUCGGACAACACCGCCACACACGGGUUCCCCCGGGACCGGCACCUCCCUCACAGAAAGCCCGGGGUCCGGAGCCACAGCUCCAGCGACACAAACCCGGACACCGGCUCCGCCCGGACAACCAAGCCCGUCCCAGACCACACCCGGGACCCCCGGAACCGCAUCAGAGCUGCCCCCUGGACCUCGCCCUACUCCCACCGACCCCUCAACCCGUCGGACUACACCACCACACACGGGUUCCCCCGGGACCGGCACCUCCUUCACCGGCAGCCCGGGGUCCGGAGCCACAGCGCCAGCGACUGCGCCAACUAAACCAACGCGACCUCCGGAACCGCCCGGGCAUUCGACACAGGCACCGCUCCCCGACAUCUCCUCCACUCUCCCGGGGACCGGAGCAACAGGUGGUCCCGGCGCGACGUGGCGGCUCUACGAUGCCGGAGACAUGGCGGCUGUUGGCGCCCCCCUCUCGGUUCUGCUCCUCAUCUGUCUCGUCCUCAUCGCGACCCUCCUCCUCCAGGGCGGGCGCUGGCGAGCGCUGAAGCUGCGGGCGACCAAUGCGCUGAAGGCCAGUUCCAGGAGCCCGCGGCCACCCGGAGCCGAAGCAGCCCGCCUGCAGUUCACCAACCCAGGCUUCCUGCAGGCGGCGACUCCCGACCCGGCCCCGAGCGUUGGGCAGCCGGCGGCCGCGAUCCCUCCGGUCGGCUCGGCCUCGGAACCGGCAGCGGGCGACGGGCCGGCGGCGCUGGAAGAGCCCGAGCAGGAAGCGGGCAGCGAGGACAACGAGGUCCGCUCCAUCCUCACCAAAGAGCGGCGGCAUGAGGACGGAUACAAGGCGGUCUGGUUCCAGGAAGACAUCCAACCCGAAGCCCACGACCAGCGAGUGAUCGAGGACGAGGAUGGCACAGAGCAGGAUGGAGAUGUGGAGCCCGAUAGUUCCGUUCUGUAGCGGCCCGGACACGUCCGGCCCGGCCCGGCCCGCGGCCACACAGCGCGCAUAUCCUGGCUGGUCACCGUGCAAUACCCCGCCCCCCCAUUCCCACCUCCCCCCCGGCCUCCC